AUGAUGAAAGGAACGUCAUCCUUUGGAAAGUGUCGCAAUAAGACGCAUGGGUUGUGCCGCCGCUGGGGCUCUAAGGCCUACCGCCUUCGGAAGUUGACCUGUGGCAAAUGUGGCUACUCUGCCAAGGGCAAGGGGAAGGAGAACCAGAGUGCCAAGGCUAAGAGACAAAACACUACCGGGACUGGGCGGAAGAGGCAUCGAAAAAUUGUUUAUCCUGGAUUCAAGCAUGGAUUCUGCUAA